UAAAGCUACAGUUCUCCAUAAUGUACUGUUCUUGUGUUUCAGUGGUUCCUGAAGCUGAUCAGGAUUUGAUGCAGAUUAAAGAAGAAGAUCCUGAAGAACAGAAGCCUGAUGUGGACCAGCAGGAUCGAGAACACCUCCACAUUAAAGAAGAAGAGGAGGAACUAUGGAUCAGCCUGGGAGAGGAGAAGCUCAAUGUGAAGGAGGAGACUGAUGACACCAUCUUUUCCUUCACUGAAGUUCCUUUGAAGCAUGAGGAUGAUGAAGAUAAACCUGAGUUCUUACAGCUUCAUCAACACCAAGAUGAAGUCAUAGAUCUACCAACCAGCAGCUCAGCUGACAACCUGGAAUCAACAUCUGGUGGAGAGUCCUGUGGAGGAGCAGAAACUACAGUAAACCAAAAUCUGAGUACUCAUGAAGAUGAUUCUGACUCUUCAGAAACUGAAGUCAGUAAAGAUGAUGAAGAGGAUAAUUAUGUGAACAAUCCAGACUUUCAGCUGAAACACUUAGACUCUGGAUCAAAACCUGAAUACAUUGAUAUGAACUGGGAGUCUCCUUCCAGUAUGGUUCCUGAAUCAGUUGGUAAAAACAACAAAAUAGGACAGAAACAGUUUUGUUGUGAGCUGUGUGAUCGAAGGUUUAGCCGAAAAGACUAUUUAACCACACACAUGAAAAUCCACACAGGACAGAAACCGUUUUGUUGUGAGCUGUGUGAUCAAAAGUUUACCAGAAAGGAACAUUUAAACACACACAUGAGGAUCCACACAGGACAGAAACCAUUUUGUUGUGAGCUGUGCGAUCAAAGGUUUAGCCAAAAGAGUAAUUUAAACACACACAUGAGAAUCCACACAGGACAGAAACCAUUUUCUUGCGAGCUGUGUGAUGAAAAGUUUACCAGAAAGGAAAAUGUAAACAUACACAUGAGAAUCCAUACAGGACAGAAGCCAUUUUCCUGUGAGCUGUGUGGGCAGAGCUUCAUCCACAAGGGACAUUUAAACACACACAUGAAAAUCCACACAGGACAGAAACCAUUUUCUUGUGAGCUGUGUGAUCAAAGGUUUACCACAAAGAGCAAUUUAAACAAACACAUGAUAAUCCACACAGGACAGAAACCUUUUUGUU